UGGAUAUAAUUUAUCUAAUUAUUAUCAUCAUUUCGUUUUUCUAUGCAAAAUAGUAGAAAAUCAGAAAAAGAAAAACAUUUAAAAAGCAAUUUGCAAAAAACAUCAUUCCAAUGUUGUCCUGUUUGGUGCCGUCGUCAUCAACAACACGCUUUGGCCAAGAGGAUAAUAUCAUUAUUAAUCAAAGUAUGCCCUCGUCACCAGCAUUCACAAUGCAAUUUCCUUCUUUGGCCUCGACGCUCCAUCAUCAUCAUCAAAGUAAACAUGGUAGUAGUUCAACUAUAACAGACGAUGAUAGUUCGAGGGGUAUAACGACAACCUCGUCACCGGGACUUCAACCAGCUACAGAUUUUAUGGUUACUUGUCCACAAUGCCAUAUGCGUUUAAAUGGUUUUGAGUCUCUACGCGACCACAUUGCCAUCGAACAUCCUCAUGAUAAACUAAACGUAGAGCCGUCAUUCCCUAGUCCACGUGAGGAUUCACACCUACAGCACCGGCUCGGUCAACAGCAACCUCAGCAACAACAACAACAGCGCCAUUUAAAUGGCACUGCCGAUAGCGAUGACAACGAAAGUAAUCUUAGCAGUUUAGCUGACAACAAAUCGUAUAACAACAAUAAUAACAAUAAUAAUAAUAAUAACAAUAAUAGCCAAAUGAAAAAUAAUAAUAUUGAUUUGCAAACAUCACCCCAAAAUUCCGUUAACAAUUCACCCAGUCGAACAUCGCUUACAGAGCUAACAACAACAAUAGCAGCAAACACGGCUGUGACCGCAACGUUGCCAAGUGGUUAUGAGGCGGCAAGUGGACAUCAAAUGACACCACAUUUACCGCAUAAUUUACAUCCAGCAGCCGCUGCCCAGUUUAUGGCAGCAUUGGCCAUGCAACAGCAGCAGCAACACCAACAACACCAACAGCAUCAUCAUCACCAUCAAGCGCAAAUUAGUAGGGACAUGCUAGGAGACAAUAACAACAAUUCACCCGCAGCACAACUUUUAGCCUUUACAAACGGACAUGCUCAUCUACAACAACAUCAUCAUCAACAACAACAACAACAACAACAAACGCAGCAACAUCAUCUUCAUCAUAAUGCUUCUCAUCUGCCUCAUCAUACAUCGACGUCUUUAACAACAACACAUGUUCCACAAUCGCAAUCAUCUUACGAUAUGGACACAAUACGUUGUUCAACUUCAAGUCCCGGCUCAACUGGCGGCAGCGAUAAUAAUUCCGCUACGAGCACCAGCACUAAUAAUGGACCCUAUCAAUGUAUGCACUGUACGGCCAUGUUUCAAACGCGCGAUCAACUUGAAAAACACGAAUUAAUGCAUUCGCCUAAUGCGCAAUCGCCCCAAUCAUCACAACCGCAGAAUGGUGUUAAUCAAAGUUGCAAAAUAUGUCACAAAAAAUUCGCUAACGUCUAUCGGUUACAGCGUCACAUGAUCAGUCAUGAUGAGUCGGCAUUGCUGCGUAAAUUCAAAUGUUUUCAGUGUGAUAAAGCUUUCAAAUUCAAGCAUCAUCUAAAAGAGCAUGUCCGCAUACAUUCCGGUGAAAAGCCGUUCGGUUGUGAUAACUGCGGUAAGAGAUUUUCACAUUCCGGUUCUUUCUCAUCUCAUAUGACCUCAAAGAAAUGCAUUAGUAUGGGUUUAAAAUUAAAUACCAAUCGCAAUAUGCUUAAAAGUCUUGAUAAAAUUACUGGACAUACAUCAAAUAAUGCUGCUCAAAAGAGAAAUUCCCCCAAUUCGGGUUUAGUGAAAACUGAUAUAAAUGCAAGUAGCGGUAAUUUGAACAAUCCUAUGAACUAUUUUGCCGGUGAUAAUAAUAGCAACACAAAUGGUCCAUUCUAUCCAAAUUUGUUACCCAAAUAUGGUGAUUAUAAUGCGAUGAAUGCUGCUCUGUUGGCUUCAUUUCCUAACCCCUUUUACAGUAUGGCCUUGGAUCCUCGCAUUCAUCCCUAUAGCAUACAAAGAUUAUUAGAAUUAACUGCUGCCGGACAGCAGCAGCAAUGUCAGCCGUCUUCAAUAUCGCCCGAAGAUCAGGAAGAACUUAAGGAAACAGCCUUUCCUACUGAAACCGUAGAAGAGGAAUCUCACGAAAUUAAUGAUAAUGAAGACGAUAAUCAAGACGAGCCAAAGCUAGUUAUGGACUUAGAUGAAACUGAGCCAAAAGGAGCACAAGACUUGAAUGUCAACCUGUCUUCACCUAGAUUAAGUAAAGAGACGGAAACACACGAAGAAGUUGAAACGCAUUCAGACUAUCGGAUUCAUAAAACUGAGGAGACAGCAACGGAUAAAGAAAAUUUUGAGAAUAUAAUUAUAAAGCAGGAACCAGAGACUUCUUUACCACCUACCGAACAGCCCACAGAAGAUAUGGAAUGUAAAACACAAGAAGUAGAGACAAGGAAUUUAUUUCAUCAUGCUCUUAUAAAACAGGAAGCAAUUGAAGUUGUUAAAGAUAGACCUACGGAAUCCAUGGUACUUGAAGAAUCUUCGAAUAUUAGCGAAAAAUCUUACAAGUCUAGUGCUUUUUCUGCCGAUUUGCGAUGCAGCCGUUGCGAUAAACAAUUCAAUCACCCAACGGAACUUGUUCAGCAUGAAAAAAUACUUUGUGGCCUAAUUAAGCAGGAACUUGAGCAACCACAACAGUAUCAGCAGCCGCUAACGAACAAUGUGACUAACAAUUGUCUACUUUCCAGCGAUGCGGAAGAUGAACAGGAUGAACGUGAUUCGGUGUCGCGUAAUGAUUGCAGUAGCGGAGGUGAAAGCAACGCCGAACGAAAAGUACGCGUACGCACAGCGAUUACAGAAGAACAGCAACAACAGCUAAAGCAACACUACGCAAUAAACUCAAGACCCAGCCGACCGGAGUUUCGUAUGAUAGCUGCUCGUUUGCAAUUGGAUGCCCGAGUAGUGCAAGUCUGGUUUCAAAACAAUCGAUCGCGUGAACGUAAACUACAAUGCAACCAAAAUCACAACACCAAGUUAACAUUCCCCAGGCAAAUUCAGACAUCGUCACAGUCCUCUCAAAUUUUGGCGGAAAAUCUAGCAGUGGCGGCUAAAAGUGCUAUCGCAAAUGACUUGCCCCUGGAUCUCUCUGUUAAAGCCCAAGCCACUAAUAGUAAUCAACAACAGCAACAACAUUCGCCUUUGUACGGUGUCGUUCCUUUGCAAACUGGUUUAGGAGGUCAUGCUGCUGAUGGCGAUUUACCUGAAGCUAUUAACUUAAGUCGUAAAAUUACCCCCCCUACGUUAUCGCCUUCUUCUGCAGCCUCUGUCCCGGCUUCAUUUAAGCAGCAAGCCCAAAUGACAGCAGGCUUAUAUUUUACCCCUCACUCACAUGCCAACGGCGGAGCGCCACCAUCGUUGCAGCCUCACAUGCGUCAAACGCCAUCUCCCAUCGAAGCUCCUUUGUUAGGUUCACAACAAGUCUCAGCAACGCCUCAUGGAGCCUCCCGAUUUACAACAUUUGAUGACCUGCAACCUUACAUAAUGCCAGCUGCAGUGAUGGCGGCCGCGGCGCAACGUACGCUAAUGCCAAUGGAGGCACUGUUUCAAAUGACUCCCGCUGCGGCUGAAUACGCACGCCAGCGUUCAUUUAUGAAUAGUAUUAAUAAAUUUGGGGCUAACAAUGUAGGUUAUCGAGGCAAAAGCCUAAGUCCCGGCGCGGAAAAACGAUCUUGGCGUGAUGAUGAAUCCCGCGUCUCCCAUGACGACGAUUUUGCAAUGCAAACCACGCCUUCUUCCGCUUUAAUGCCACCCAAGCCAAAACGGGUUAAAGCCGAAACUCACGGACAUGCCGGCGAUCCCGACUUACCAUUCGUAUGUGAUCAAUGCGACAAAGCCUUUGCGAAACAGAGCUCACUAGCUAGGCAUAAGUACGAACAUUCCGGUCAGCGCCCCUACCAAUGCAUGGAUUGUCCAAAAGCCUUUAAGCAUAAGCAUCACUUGACCGAACACAAGCGCUUGCAUAGCGGUGAGAAACCCUUUCAAUGCUCCAAAUGCCUAAAAAGGUUUUCUCACUCGGGCUCUUAUUCACAGCAUAUGAAUCACCGUUAUUCAUAUUGUAAACCAUACAGGGAAUAGGUAAGCGACAAUUCAUCAACUAUUACCUGCGCUUCAACAAACAUAACCGGCCAUCAUGCUGGUGGUAGCGGUGGCAAUAAUGGUGCGGCAAAAUCAUCUUCGGCCCAACAACGACGUCAAAAUUCGAAUUCAGCAAAA